AUGUACUUCUAUCUAACACUAUUAUUUUUUGACUUAUUCGGUCAUUUCGACAGCUCACACUACUCUGCUUUGCAUAUUUCCUUGAAACUGCGCAGUUUUCUGCGUCUCUGUGGUGGGAAGGACAUCUAUGGCGGUUGUCUGCGUCUUCAUAAACGAUUGCAGCGUGACCUCGUCGAGAAAUGUUCGCGUAUCCGCCGGCAUAUCCACUGGGCACGUUAUGUCUCGGAGGCAUUCGCGAAGAAUCCGCCGGGACCCUCUUUACCGUUCCCCACCGAGACGAGACGACGUCACCCUCUCAACGCCGUAUACGAAACUGGAGAAGAACUGUUCUUAGGAACAUGCGACAGUAGAGGUGUUGGUGGAGUUGGUGUCCUCGUUAACACGAGUAUGGCAAAGAACAUCGACUCUUUCGAACAAAUUACGAUCCGAAUCGGACGUCUGCGGAUGAGAAGAUGUGGUCCAACACCAGCUUUGACUAUCUUCGUCGCUUACGCUCCAAAAUCAAGCUACGAAGAAGAAUAA